CUGCCCACGCCGAAAGCGGUGUAGGGAAUUGUAGUUCCUUAAGGAUAACUAAUUUCUCAGGAAAUAUUUGAGCACUGUGGUUUAGUGGCGUGUCCUGUCAGCUGAGUGCUCUUACAAGUAUGCUUGUUGUGGUGUUCUACAGUACGCAAUGAAUUUGUUUGGAUACCUUCGUUUCCUGAUGUGCGCCACCACUGUGUUUGCUGUCUGGCAACAGCCCUUUUUACCGAAACAUACCGCUACAGGUGGAAAGAAUGUUUUAAUUAUAAUUGCUGAUGAUCUACGUACAAGUCUUGGCUGUUACGGUGACAGUGCUGUGAAAUCACCAAACAUCGAUCACCUAGCAUCACAAAGUAUAAUAUUUACAAAUGCAUAUGCACAGCAAGCAGUGUGUGCUCCAAGCAGGGUGUCCUUCUUAACAGGAAGGCGUCCAGACACAACCAGGCUUUUUGACUUUAAUUCCUACUGGAGAACACAUGCUGGAAACUACACAACUCUUCCUCAGUACUUUAAAGAACAUGGUUAUGUGACAAUGUCAGUUGGGAAAAUCUUCCACCCAGGUAUUUCAUCCAACCAUAGUGAUGACUAUCCUUAUAGCUGGUCAGUAUAUCCAUACCACCCUUCUGCAGAAAAAUACGAAAAUUCACAGACUUGUAAGGGUAAAGAUGGCAAGCUUCAUGCCAACUUGGUGUGUCCAGUUGAUGUUUCUGAAGUCCCUGAAGGAACAUUACCAGAUAUACAGAGCACAGAAGAAGCUAUCCGACUUUUAAAGACUGUAAAACAACAGAAUGCCUCAUUUUUUUUAGCUGUUGGAUAUCAUAAACCACAUAUUCCAUUUAGGUUUCCAAAAGAGUUCCUGAAGUUAUAUCCUAUUGAAAACAUUUCAUUGGCACCAGACCCAGACAUACCCAAGAAACUUCCUCUGGUGGCCUACAACCCAUGGACAGAUAUUCGUAAAAGAGAGGACGUGCAAGCAUUAAACAUCAGUUUUCCUUAUGGUCCUAUUCCAGAGCAUUUCCAGCUUCUGAUUCGUCAGAGUUACUAUGCCUCUGUCUCUUACCUUGAUGAUCAGAUUGGGCAGUUGCUGAAUGCAGUAGAAGACCUGGGACUGUCUAAUGAUACCAUUAUUGUAUUUUCUUCAGAUCACGGAUGGUCAUUAGGAGAGCAUGGUGAAUGGGCAAAGUACAGCAAUUUUGAUGUGACCACUCGUGUCCCCUUGAUAUUCUAUGUCCCUGGAAUGACCAAUAUUCCGCAGCAACCUAUUUUUCAAUACAUAGAUCCUUUUAGUACUAACCUACAAAGAAAAUUCCCAGGCAAGUCAAGGGAAUAUCCUGUUGAGCUAGUUUCCCUGUUUUCCACCAUUGCUGACCUUGCCAAACUUCCUGCACCCCCUGCUUGUCCACAGCCUUCAUUCCAUAUGGAACUUUGUACUGAAGGCCGAAGCCUUGUGCAUCAGUUGCACGCAUCUGAGAACACGCACGAUGAUGCAGUAUUAGCUGUGGCUUACAGCAGUUAUCCGCGGCCUUCUGAUUUUCCACAGUGGAAUUCUGAUCUUCCUGAUUUAAAAGAUAUAAAAAUCAUGGGAUAUUCCAUGCGCACAAUGGACUACAGAUAUACUGUGUGGGUUGGAUAUAAUUCUACAACUUUUCAAGCAAAUUUUAAAGAGAUUCAUGGACGUGAGCUUUAUUUUGUCCUGAGUGAUCCAAACCAAGAUAACAACCUAUACAAUCAAUUGUUGCAUCUUGAUAUAUAUAAGCAUUUUGAAUUUAUGAAUAACUGAAAUAUGGACUUAUAUAUGCAUAUAUAUUUCUGUACAGUAUUAAUAAUGAAUAUUUUUGGAAAAUUUAUUGUUUUUAUUAAAACACUUUAAUUAAAAAGCUUACAAUGUGUUA